AUGGUGCGGGACGACGAAGUCAAGGAUCACGAUGAGAUGGUACGGGACUUUGUUGCCAUGAGCGGCGCCUCGGUAGAAGUGGCCACUCAGUAUCUCGAAUCAAACGACUGGGACAUGCUAUCUGCCUGCAACUCCUUCUUCCACGACGAAGAUGAGAGAAACGACGAACGACGCCGGCAACAGGCUGCAGACGGAACGCUAGAGCAGUACAGCGGACCGAGAACCUUGGAUGGCCGCCCUGCGCCCCAAGAGGACUUUUCUAGCUUGGCAUCCCGAAAAACGAACCAGCAGAAGAAGAAGGGCAUUGCGACGCUAGGCUCCAUAGGUAGCAGCUCUGCUGCCCACCAUGACGACGACGACGAUGAUGAAGAGGACGACGAAGAGGAAGACGAUGGACGAGGCAACCUGUUCGCUGGUGGUGAGAAAUCUGGGCUUGCUGUCCAGGAUCCGAGACAGGAGGGUGGUUCGAGGAAGAUUAUCAAUGACAUACUUGCCAAGGCGAAAGCGAACUCAAGACAGUCCGAUGCCAACCCGGAGGCCGGUCCUUCUCGCCCAUCUCAUUUCCGGGGUACCGGCGUGACACUUGGUGGAGAUGGCGUCGAGAGCCGAAGCAUCCCAAAUCCCCAGGGCCAUGAGCGGCCUUCUGAGCCCCCAGUCGAGCGAGUGCUUCACAUCUGGCAGGACGGAUUCAGCAUCGAUGAUGGCGAACUCCGUCGCUUCGACGAUCCUUCAAACGAGGCGGACCUCGCACUUAUCCGAUCAGGCCGGGCUCCCCUGCAUCUUAUGAAUGUGCAGCAUGACCAGUCGGUAGACGUCAAGCUUCACCAGCACGAUACCCCGUAUAAGCAGCCCCCAAAGAAAUACAAGCCGUUUGCCGGCACUGGCAAUCGCCUUGGCAGCCCAGUCCCCGGUGCUACAUCCACGACCUCUGCGCCCGCUUCUUCCGCCGCAGCUUCUUCAUCCUCUUCUGCUCCUGCACCGAGCGUCGACAACUCACAACCUACACUCAUGAUCAGAAUCCAGAUGCCCGAUGGAUCAAGACUUCCUGCGCGUUUUAACACCACGCACACUGUUGGAGACGUCUACGGCUUCGUUCAGGGCGCUUCUGUGGAGACUCGUAGUCGGCCUUGGGUGCUGUCGACGACGUUCCCCAACAAGGAGCACACUGAUCAUGCUCUGGUUCUAGGAGAGAUGCCUGAGUUCAAAAAGGGCGGAACUGCUGUGGUCAAGUGGGUGUAG